AUGCUCUCAAUUGCUCAAAUUGAUCACAGAUUUGUUCAGAGCAUCUUUUGUUUUUGCGGUAUUUCACGUUCCAUAUGUAGCACUAGUAAUGGAUUCAUCGAUGGGUUUCAACGAAUAGAGAAAUACUUAAUUGAUUAUCGUAAAAGCUCCAACUGUAAUACCGUAUCAGAUGAAAACCAAGAAGAAGAGUCACUUGAUUCCGUUGGCACAAGUGGCAGAUAUGAAGAAGAAGAAGAAGAAGAAGAACAUCACCAACAAAAUGUAUUCAACAGAUCAAGCUUUCUAAGAAACACAAAAAACGCAGCAGCCAUGGCGCUCAAAGUUCUCCAACAAGAUGGUCCUGGGUUCGAUGCAAGAUCAGCUUUAGAUAAUCUAGAAAUACAAGUUUCAGGUUUACUCGUGAGAGAAGUUCUUAUCGGAAUCUUGAAGAACAUCAACCAAGCAAACAGAGAACGCUGUGUAAAACUUGGCUACAAAUUCUUCAUAUGGUCAGGCCAAAAACAGAACUACAAUCAUACAGUAAACACCUACCAUUUAAUCAUGCAAAUCUUUGCAGAAUCACAAGAAUACAAAGCAAUGUGGAGAUUACUCGAUGAAAUGACAGAAAAAGGUUACCCUGUAACCUCACGAACGUUCAACAUCUUUAUAUGCUCAUGUGGCGAAGCGGAUGGUCGUCAACCAGAUACAUUAACAUAUAACAUCAUUAUGUAUGCAAAAUAUAGAUUGGGGAGAUUAGAUCAGUUUCAUAGCUUAUUUGAUGAAAUGGGAAGAAACGGAUUCCCUCCAGAUUUGCAUACAUUCAACAUCUUACUUCACAUUUAUGGACGAGCAAACAAACCAGCUGAAGCUGUUGUGCAUUUGUCGAUGAUGAAAGAAGCUGGAAUUGAGCCAAAUGUUCUUCAUUUUACCAAUUUGAUAGAUGCAUUAAGUCGAGCUGGAAACAUGGAUGCAUGGGGGCAGUUUGAAAAAGCAGAAGAAAUGUUUUCAGAUAUGUUUGAUAAUGGGAAGAUUCCUAAUGUUUAUACUUAUAAUACAAUGAUACGUGGGCUUUGUAUGGCUGGAAAGUUUGAGUAUGCGUGUUUGAUGCUUAAGGAAAUGGAAUCCAGAGGGUGUAAUCCGAAUUUUCUUGUGUAUAAAACUUUAGUGAGUUUUUUGAAGAAUGCUGGAAAGGUUUUUGAAGCUAAUGAGGUGAUUAAAGGGAUGGUGGAAAAAGGGCAAUAUGGUCAUCUUCUUAAGAGGAUUAAGAAAUAUAAGAGGUGCUAA